AUGUCCCAAGACCAUCCAGAUGUUGAUGACGAACGUGAAUAUCCAGACAUUAAACGCAACUCGCUGCACGAAGUAACCAAAACCUCCUAUACGUUGGGGAUUAUGCUGGGCGUAUUCGUAGGUUUGUUACCACAAGCUAGGUUCAAGAAUUUCAAUCUUUAUAUUAUUGCCCUAUCUCUAUUUCAUUUUCUGGAGUACUAUAUUACAGCGAAAUAUAACCCUCUUAAAGUACAUUCUGAGUCAUUUCUUUUAAAUAAUGGGAAGAGUUAUAUGGCGGCUCAUUCUUUCGCCAUUCUAGAGUGUCUUAUAGAAAGUGUUCUUUGCCCUAACGUGAAGACAUUCAGUUAUUCUCGAAUUACCAAAGCCUGCACCAUAAUUGGAUGGCUAUUAAUUAUUUUGGGACAAUAUGCUAGAACCGUUGCCAUGCAUACUGCGGGACGGUCGUUUUCACACAUAGUGAAGACUAAAAAAGAGACUGAUCAUGUCUUGGUAAAAACCGGCAUAUAUUCCUGGUCGAGACAUCCCAGUUAUUUUGGAUUCUUUUGGUGGGCCAUCGGGACUCAGUUACUUCUUCUAAAUCCCAUAUCCCUGCUUAUUUUUAUUACUGUACUUUGGAAAUUUUUCAAGGACAGAAUUUGUUUAGAGGAAAGAUACUUAAUAGAGUUCUUCGGGACCGAUUAUGCAAAUUAUAAAACGGAAGUUAGUGUCGGAAUUCCAUUUGUUUCAUAA